AUUUUACGAGCACAACCCCUGUCUCUUGUUCAGUUCUUGCAGGCUGCUUGUUGCUGUGGAAAAGGACAAAGAUGGGUUUCAACGUUCUUGAUCACUUGGACGACUUUUGCUAUCCUGUAUCUCUGUUCUGGAGGAGAGAUGACAGUUGGAUGCUGUAUCCAGGAAACCCAGGAAACGAAUCUGGUGGCUACGCCUGGCAUGACAGUGUGGACCUUACCCUUUGCUUUGAAGACACAGCCAUAUUGUUUGGUAUAUGCGCCAUAUUCUGGAUACUGACUGCCAUUGGUUUCCUUAUUGGGAGCAGCAACAAGCCCUCCAUUCCAAGGGGAUGGCUCAACAUUGCUAAGAUAACACUCUGUUGUGUUAUAAUGAUACCAACUUUAUGUGAUCUGAUAUACACCAUCAUCAAAAGCACUAAAGAGACUGAGGCAAAGUUUUACUUCUUUUCUCCCAUUGUGCUCUUCCUCACUAUGAUAGUAGCAGCUGUUCUGAUAGUUUUUGAGCGUAGGAGAGGCGUACGAUCUUCAGGUCUUCUUUCUGUCUUUUGGAUGUCACUUGUAGCUUAUGCAUCAAUAAAGACAAGAUCACUAGUUCUUAUUGCUAGAGAUGAAGGAGAGGUUGCUGGUCACUUUCGUUUCUCAACUUUUAUGAUUGAGUUUGUGCUCUUUAUUGUACAAAUGAUUCUCUCUCUUAUACCUGAACCAAAAUCUCCUUAUGACUAUUUCAGGGAAGACGAUAGAGAGCCAUGUCCUGAAGAAGCAGCUCCAUUUUUCUCUCGUAUAACAUGGUGGUGGUUGAACAAGUUAGUCUGGAAAGGGUACAGAAAAGCAUUGACAUAUAAUGAGUUGUAUGACUUGAAUUACGGGGAGAAAUCAAGAGUCGUCUCACCAAGAUUCCAGCAGGCAUGGGACCAGCAAAUGGGAAAGGAUAGGACCAAUAACACAGAACCUGGUGUGACAGUGAGAAGAAGAUCACCAUCAUUGGUAGUGGCGCUCACCAAGAGCUACGGUCUCCUUCUCUUCUUAGCUGGGUUCCUUAAACUUGCUAAUGACCUCCUGGCUUUCGUCAGUCCUCAAAUCCUAAAGUUGCUCAUUGAAUAUGUGAAGGAUCCUGAUGAACCAGCUUGGAAAGGAUAUUUCUAUACUUUGAUAAUGUUUGGAGCUGCAGUACUACAGUCCAUCAUCCUACACCAGUAUUUCCACAGCUGCUUUGUAGCUGGUAUGAGGAUUCGAUCUGGAGUCAUUGCAGCUGUAUAUCGAAAGGCACUCACGCUAAGUAACAAGUCACGUCAGAACAGGACUGUUGGUGAAGUGGUUAACCUCAUGUCAGUAGAUGCUCAACGUUUCAUGGACUUUGUGACAUACAUGCACUACCUUUGGUCUUCUCCUCUUCAAAUUGUACUCUCUCUCAUUUUCCUGUAUGCAACAAUGGGCCCCUCCAUAUUUGCUGGCUUUGGUGUGAUGAUAUUGCUUGUUCCUCUUAAUAUGGUAAUGGCCGCUCUUAGUCGUAGGUUCCAAGUCCAACUGAUGACAUGGAAAGACUCAAGGAUUAAGAUUGUUAAUGAAGUACUCAAUGGAAUUAAGGUUAUCAAAUUGUAUGCGUGGGAGAUACCAUUCAAGCAGAUGAUAAUGGGCCUCAGAAAAGAAGAGGUUAAUGUGCUCAAGAAGUCAGCAUAUGCCAAUGCUAGUUUCUCAUUUACUUGGACCUGUGCUCCUUUCAUGGUUGCUUUGGCAACUUUUGCUACAUAUUCUCUAGUUCAUCGUAACAGCACUAAUCCUGAUGACAGACUCACAGCUGAGAAAGCUUUUGUUGCUCUCUCUCUGUUUAACAUAUUGAGAUUUCCUCUCUCAAUGCUACCAAUGGUCAUAUCAAGUGCUGUUGAGGCUAGUGUUUCUGUUAAGCGCAUGUCUAGUUACCUUAAAGGGGAAGAGCUUGAUCCUAAUAAUACUAACAGGAGAGACGAACCAGCUGUUGGUGAUGAGGAGUCUGUAUCAGUGACUGGUGGAUCAUUUACAUGGGACACACCAGAAAGACCAGCACUGCACAAUAUUGACUUGUCAGUUAAACCAGGAGAACUUGUUGCUGUGGUAGGACCUGUUGGUGCUGGUAAAUCCUCUUUGAUAUCAGCUCUGUUAGGUGAAAUGGAUAAACUAAAUGGACAAGUUGUAAUGAGAGGCAGUGUAGCUUAUGUACCACAGCAGGCAUGGAUACAGAAUGCUACUGUUAAGGAUAACAUAUUGUUUGGUAAACCACUCAAUCCUAUACUUUAUGGACAGACUGUACAAUCCUGUGCCCUUGAGACUGACCUUGAAAUACUACCAGGAGGAGACAUGACAGAGAUAGGAGAGAAGGGUAUUAAUCUCAGUGGUGGUCAGAAACAACGUGUUAGUCUAGCUAGAGCAGUCUACCAAGAGUCUGAUGUGUAUUUACUUGAUGAUCCUUUAUCUGCUGUUGAUUCACAUGUCGGUAAACACAUAUUUGAUAAAGUAAUAGGACCAGAAGGAGUGCUGAAAGGAAAAGUACGUAUACUAGUGACACAUGGUAUAGGAUUCUUGUCACAGUGUGACAAGAUAAUAGUGAUGAGUAAUGGACGUAUAACUGAGGUAGGAUCAUAUAAUGAACUGAUUGACCAAGAUGGAACAUUUGCUGAACUAUUACACAACUAUGGAACUAACGAAGGGAAUGAAGAAGAUGAAGGAAAUCCAUAUGCCAAUGAGUAUGCAGAAUAUGAAGGUGAUGGAGUUGAGGAAGCGAUUUUUUCUGAUAAUAAUAAUAAUGAGGAAACUGCUGCACGUCCUUAUCUAGUAAGACAGAGAUCAAGAUACAAGUCUUCCGAUGGCAUUGAUGAUGGUGAAGGUAUUCCUGCUCCAGUUAGACCCAGACCAAAGUUAAACCGAGGUUUGUCCAAGACAGACCUGAAGCGACAGCUCUCAAAGCAAGCCUCAAUCAUUAAUGAUGAGAAGAUCACCAAAGCUGAAGCUAAUGAGAGGACACAACUGAUUGGAGCAGAGAAAGUUGAAACAGGAACUGUCAAGUUUUCAGUGUUCAUAGACUAUGCUAAGGCCUGUACAUAUUACAUGAGUUUCAUCAUUGUCCUCUUUACUGUAUUGAGUAAUGGUGCCUCGGUUGGACAGAACCUUUGGCUAGCUCACUGGAGCAAUGGAGAAGAGAACAGCAAUUCCUCUAACUUGACUCUUGAUCUUGGUGUUUAUGCUUCUCUUGGUGUUUUGCAAGGGCUGAUGGUCUUGUUCAGUUCUUUUGCUUUAGCCAUUGGUUCUCUUAAAGCAUCAGUUAAACUCCAUGAUGGAAUGUUGAGUAAUAUCCUCAGAUCACCAAUGUCAUUCUUUGAUACUACACCUCUUGGUAGAAUACUCAACAGGUUCUCAAAGGAUAUCUAUACAAUUGAUGAGGCUAUUCCAAGGUCAUAUAAGAUGUUUCUAAUGACACUGCUUUCUGUUGCUAGUACAAUAAUUGUGAUAUCGAUAGCUUCUCCAUGGUUCUUGAUCAUCAUUGUACCACUAAUGGUUUUGUAUGUUCUGAUACAACGUUUCUAUGUAGCUACAUCAAGACAGUUGAAGAGAUUAGAGUCAUCAUCCCGCUCUCCUAUAUACUCUCACUUUCAAGAAAGUAUUAGUGGAGCCACCAGUAUCAGAGCUUAUUCUAAAGUGGACCAGUUCCAAUUGCAGUCUGAGGCUAGAGUAGACUACAAUCAGAUUGCUUAUUAUCCCAGUAUUUGUGCUAACAGAUGGUUAGCCAUCCGUCUUGAGUUUUUGGGUAAUCUAAUCAUAUUAUUUGCGUCUUUGUUUGCUGUCCUGCAAAGGAACUAUUCCGGGGUCUUUGGUUCUAUUAGUCCGGGCAUAGCUGGUCUCUCAAUAUCAUAUGCACUACAGGUCACGCAAGCUCUCAACUGGAUGGUAAGGAUGACAAGUGAGCUUGAGACCAACAUAGUAGCAGUUGAGAGAACUAAAGAAUAUUCUGAAACACCAACUGAAGUAAUAGAUGGACUAGUAUAUACGUGUUACUGAUUGCUACUGAUU